AUGUUGGAUACCAAAGUCAUAAGGAAUAUCUUUUUGGCAGUGUUGCUAUUGAAUGUAAUAUAUUUCACCAAAGUAUAUCGACAAGAAGAGAAUAAAGUACGUCAAUUAGCUUUACAACAUAUUUCAUCAAUUAAUUAUCAAACUGAUGAUCAAAUCAAAUAUGAUCAGAAAAAACAAUAUCAUCUAUUGACAACUCAAGAGAAGAUAAGUUACUUGCUAAAUAAAGUAAAAGUUAAUAAAGAUAAUCAUUAUUGGUUAGCUAAUACCAAAGUACAACAUCCUUCAAUUAAAUUAAGUCCUCGUGAUUUCUUAGCUCCAGAAGAUGAACAUAUAAAAACAUGGCAAAAUAAACCGGAAUUGUUUUAUGAUCCAAGAUUCACAUUAAGUGUUUAUUUAGAUGAAUUGAAAUAUCAAUUAAAAGCAAAGAAUCGUAAGAAUGAUAAACUGAAAGAUCAUUUAAUUAAAAUGCCAUUUAGUUGGUCUGAUUGGGUUGAUUUAACCAUGUUAAAUGAAGAAUUAUCAAAACCUUGGGAUCAAAGAUUAAAUUGUGAAUGGUUACAAUCAAAAAUCAAUAAAAAGACAAAAUAUCCUGAUUUUUGUCAGAAUUUGGUUGAUUUAACUUCUGAAGAAAUUGAAGAAAUUGGAUUACCAAAAGAAUUUCUUCCUGGUUUCAUUGUUAAGACUUCUCCAAUGAAUAAAGCUCCUCAUAAACAAGUUAUGAUGCAAGGAAAAGCUCAUUUAUUAGCUCAACAAGAAAAUCCCCUUUCCAUGAUUUUUUUAACAAAAGAUGGAACUUAUGAAACUCAAUUAACAUCAUCUCGUACUAGAAUUGUUCAUUCAGAUUUAUUUGAAAAUUAUUUAGAAAGAAGAAAUAUUAAUCCAAAUCAUUUAGAUGAAAUUAAAGAAAUUGAAUUUAAUCCACAAGUUGAAUUUGCUCAAUUACAAAAAACUGUUAAACCUCGUCCAUUAAAUUUAGAUGAUGAUAUUUAUAGAAUGAGGCAAAUCACUCGUCAAAAACAAACUAAUGUAAGUAGAGAACUUCAUUUAGACAAAGAUGCAUUCUUAUAUAAACAAGAACAAGUUGAUGAACAAAUUGCUGAAUAUGAAAAUCGCUUAAGUCUUAUAAAUGAAGCUAUGACUAAUGAAUUGAAAUAUGACCCCAAGAUAUUUGAUGAAAAUAAAUUAAACAGACAUGAAUUAAAUCAUUACCAAGGCUUGAAAUAUGCUAGUGCUGUAAGCGUUGAAAAUGAGCCUACUUAUUAUAAAUUAGCUACUUUGAUGAAAGAUCAAUCAAAUCAAGAUGCUGGUUGGCAUUAUGAAUGGAGAUUCUUUAAUGGGGCUUUGAGAUAUCUCAAAGAUGAAACGUGGACCAAAAGUCAAUUAGAAAUUAGAGAACAAAUUAUUUUAGAUAGAUUAUUGCGUAAUUGGUUUAGAUUUGCUGAAGAAAAGGGGAUUAUUUCAUGGAUUGCACAUGGUCCAUUAUUGAGUUGGUAUUGGGAUGGAUUAAUGUUUCCUUAUGAUAUCGAUAUUGAUAUUCAAAUGCCAAGUAGUGAAUUGAGUCGUCUUUCGGCUAAUUAUAACAUGACUUUAGUUAUUGAAGAUGUUUCUGAAGGAUAUGGUAAAUACUUAAUUGAUUGUUCUUCAUUUAUUCAUCACAGAGAUAUGGCUGUUAAAGAUAAUCAUAUCGAUGCUAGAUUUAUCGAUAUUGAUACUGGAACUUAUAUUGAUAUAACUGGUAUUGGUAAGAAUAAUGAAACUCCUCCACCUGAAUAUGAUGGAUAUAUUAAAUCAAAGAAUUCAAAACAAGAAUCAGUUGAAUUAUACAUGGAUAGAAGAAAACAUUGGGUGAAUUUCGAAAAGAUUUCUCCUUUAAGAUAUUCUAUGAUUGGUGGAGUACCUGUUUAUGUUCCAAAUGAUAUCAUGUCAUUAUUAAACCAUGAAUAUUCAAUCGGGACAAAAUCUUAUUAUUUUGGUGGAUAUUAUUAUGUUCCAUGUCUUAGAUUAUGGAUACAAGAAGAGCGUUUAUUAGUGCUAUUCAAACCAGAACAAUAUGAAUCUAGUUCCGAUGAAGGUAAACAAGAAAAACUUAUUAAUUUAAUCAAACAUUUGAAUGAAGAAGAUAAGUUGAAACUUUUGGAAACCAAUGAACAUACCUUAAUAGAAUAUUAUUUAACUCACAAACAUACUACAUUACAUGAAGUUGAAAAGAAAUUCAUGUUGGAUCAUAGUUUACAACAAUCAAUCUUGGAAUUUUCCGAAAAUAAAGAAUAUCAUCAAUUAACUUCCAAAUUCAAAAUGGGUAAAGCAUUGAGAAAGAGUUUGUUUGAUUAUGAAUAUUAUGAAAGAUUCGAGCAUAGAGAUGAAGAUGAAGAGGAGAUGAAGAAACAGGAAGGUGAACAACAGCAGUCAGAUGAUGGUUCUGUUGUUGCUCCUGCCGAAGGAAACCAACCACAAGAUCAACAACAACAGCAACAACAACAACAACCAGAUCCCAAUGGAGUAAUUCCUAAUUUCAUCUCCAUUGGCAGCAUGCUUAAUAUAGUGAAAGCAAGGUCGUUGAGGCUAUCGCCUAGAUACGCGUCAAUUAGAAGCUAUCAUCCUAAAUUUAAGUCGAAUACAUAUAACACAGGAGUUAAGACAUUAUCACCCAAAUCUCAAUUGUCAACAACAACCGCAUCGAAGGCAAUUCCUUCAGAAUCUUCAGCUGGUUCUAACCCUACUCCAACGACAUCAAAGAACGGCGAAAGUAAAGUAGAGGGUUCGGUAACCGCGGUUAAUAACAGUUCAAUUUCUUCAAAUGUGAAUUCUGCAGUUAAAAAAACUACUCCAGUUCCAGUUAAGAAGACUACGCCAGUUCCAUUUAGAAAGACUACGCCAGCCCCAUUUAAAAAGAAUACGCCAGUCCCAGUUAAGAAGAUUACUCCGGUCCCAUUUAAGAAAACGUAUGCUGCAAGAUCUCCAGUGGCUCCAAAAGAAGCUUCUGAAAAGUUGACAUCAACUUCAAAAAGUGGUUCUUCUGAAAGUAUCUCUGAACCACUGGUUGAGAUAAAAGAACAAUCCAAGGCUUUGCCAGUUAGGAGUGCAAAAACUGGAACUGUUGUUAAACCAAAGUCAAAAGAUGAGCCUUGGAAAAAGAAGUUCCCACUCAAGAAUUCCAACCCGGCAGCACCAGCUUUCGAAGACAGCGGGUUUGAGCAAUUCGUUGAGGCAAAUUCAAAAUCCAACUAUUCUACUGCUCCACCUUCUAAUAAUUAUGUCAAACCAAAGCCAAAAUAUGCGGCUCCAAAAAAGAAUGGCACAUUCAAAAGUUCCAAGGCAGAAACACCCAAUUCGAAAACCAAUCUCCCCAUAGUAAGACAGCCAUCAGACAGUGCUGUUUCGACAUCCGUACAGCAGCAGCCCCAGUAUUACACCAACAACUUUCCGGUAGAUCCUCCACUGCAAGAUCAAGCUCCAUCCUCACCUCCACAUGCUGCUUCCAAACACGUGGAUUGGUCAGACUCCUUCCAUGGCUUAGGUUCAGCAGCAUUCCUGUCAGAAGCAGCCAAUAUCCUCCUAGCCCCCCUCAAUCCUGACGACAUUGAAAUCAAACCAGAUGGACUCCUUUAUCUUCCUGAAAUCAAAUAUCGUCGUAUCUUGAAUCGAGCAUUUGGACCCGGUGGAUGGGGACUCGCACCCCGAUCCGAGGUGCAUGUUACUUCGAGUCAAAUAUCGCGUGAAUAUGGAUUGAUUUGUAAUGGAAGAUUGGUAAGUAUUGCCCGUGGGGAGCAAGAUUAUUAUGGUGGAGAGGACAAAGUGACGACUGCAUUGGAAGGGUGUAAGAGUAAUGCAUUAAUGAGAUGUUGUAAGGAUUUAGGUGUUGCUAGUGAACUUUGGGAUCCUGGGUUUAUUAGAAAGUUUAAGAAAUCCCAUUGUGAAGAAAUUUGGGUGGAACAUGUUGUGACUAAGAAAAAGAAGAGGAUAUGGAGGAUCAAAGGAAAUGAUGUGGAAUAUCCAUUCAAAUUGUCAAAGUAG